UCCGCUGCCUCGCCACCCCGAGCACGACAGCGCACCCAGAAACGUUGUGUCGAACCCGAUCUGUGGUCACGUCUUCAUAGCGCUGUGGGUAUAGGAUACGAAGACAGUCGGAGGUCGACGGAAGCACGGAGUCCUGCGCAGACACCUCGAAACGACCAAGUGGGUCAUAGGGCGCGUGAAAGGGCAGAAGUUCGAAGGGUAACCACUGCUGUAUCACCGACUGCGCCAACCACUUCUAUCUCCAGAGAUGCGGCUUACGAUAGCCUGGGCAUCCUGCGUCCAGCUGCUACUGGCCUAUGUCACCUUUGCAGCAGCCGGUCACGAGUCCUUCUACGACGACGACUCGUGGUCCCUGGCCGGUGGCCGUUGGGGUGAGCUGCAGAAGCGGCAAGGGCUCAUUCCCUUCCCGAGAGUCGGAAGGUCGGCAGCGGCCCACGAACUCAAUUCGGAUGACCUGAUCUCUCUGGACACGGACUCCGCAACAUCUGGUGGCUGGGCCUUCCUUCUGCUGCCCUACAAGCGUCGCAGCAACACCUUCACGCCUCGCAUCGGCCGUAAGCGCAGGUCGGUGGGCCGGCCUGAUGACGGCGUGCACAAGGAGGACAGUGGAUUGUCGCGUUCUCAUCAAGCGGCCUGGGCCGACCUCGACUGGUCCUACUCACCCUACUCCCGGCAGCUGGUCCCCGUCAUCCGCAAUGGAAGGGGAACAUUCGUGCCUAGGCUAGGCAAGAGGAGGUCCCUGGGCUCCGGUUACGGCGAGGAAGUCGACUCUGGCUGGGACACCAGCCUCGAGGUGGCCUCGUUUAUGGACGACCCCAAGCGCGGCUCUUUCACGCCGCGCAUCGGACGAGGGGCAUUCACUCCCAGGAUCGGCAGGACACCGUUCACACCGCGCAUAGGCCGCUCCACGGGCAGCCAGGACAAGAACUCGGACGCCGUGGGCGACGACAAGUCAGCGCUUCGUUCGUCGUCCUCAUCCUCCGGUGUUCAGGGCAACGCUGUUUGAUCGGAGAACCUUGAAGAACGCCCGUUCUCCUCUUGCUUCCGCCCUGCAAUGGCACGUCCACAAAGAGGAGCUCCGUCUCCAAAAUGGCUCCGACGUACGCUAGCCGAGCUGUUGGCGUGAACCAAAGUAAAAAUCAAAGGAAGAAAAAAAAAAAGGGAGGGGCAGUUGG